CGUUUUGUGUAAAAACGCCUGGAUGACGCCGUGCUUCACAGCUCUCUCAGCUCUGUAACACCGACCAACCAUGUCAGCGCAGCUUUACUAUCCAAACACUCUCCAACCAUCUUCUCUCGAUGUCCACACGCUUUCUCUCCUCGAGGACUCGAUCCUCGCAGGAAUUCAGCUAAUCGAACAGAAUACUGCUCCUGCCGGAAGUGACAGCCAUGAGAACCUCUACACCGGUCAUUCAGGGAUCGCCUGGGCCUACUGCCGCAUAUGGUACCAACUUCCGCAUCUCGAGUCGAAGAUCAAGUUCGAAGAGCUCAUUCGGAAGCACCAACCCCGACUUCACCGGCAUGAGCACUCUCUGCACGCCGGAAAGCUCUCGCCCAUCGGCACGCCAACCGGCGCAGCAUUUAUGGGGGCGUACACGAAGUACAUCAUGUCUGACGCAGACGAUGGGAGGUGGGAGAAAGCGAUGAUAACUCUCGAGUUUGCGGUCGGAAUGGCGUGUGCGUCCGAUGAAGAUGGAGGCGAUGAAGUGCUGUACGGAAGGGCCGGACUGCUGUGGGCACUCUUGAAUCUGCAGAAGUUGGAUCCCGCGGUCAGGGAACGCAUGCAAGAGUGGGAAGGUGGCGAGGACAUCGUGAAGGUGCUUGUGCAGAAGAUUAUUGAUGCGGGGAGGCGAGGAAGGAUCAAGGCGAAGAAGGAGCAUAACUUGAAUACACUGAUGUGGGAAUGGCACGACAAGAUGUAUCUUGGAGCCAUGCAUGGCGCCGCCGGAAUCCUGACUGUUCUUCUACAGGUCCCACGCGAGACGAUCGAGCCAUUCCUUCCUGAGAUCUUAACCGAGAUAGCCGCGCUCUGCCACCUCGCCCUCGAAAACAAUGGUCUCCUCCCCUCCUCCCUUGGUGCGCAGCACCGCUCCAAUCCCCAUGUUCAGAUCUGCCACGGCUCACCAGGACUUGUCCUACUCCUCACGACAUUGAGACAGCGUUUCCCGGCAAAUUACAACGAGUACGCCGCCUACUCCCAUGCACUUCACGCAGCCGCCAAAAAAGUCUGGGAGCAAGGGCUGGUUAAGAAAGGACUUGGAAUCUGUCAUGGUGUAGGCGGCAACGGAUGGGUGCUGUUGAUGCUUGCCCAAGGCUGUGGGCGAGAGGAGAAAGAAAAGUGGCUCGGCCGCGCACUUGCAUUACUGGUCGAGGCUGGUAAGAUGCCACCGAUCGGGGAUCAGGCGUAUCGGAAGCCCGAUGCGCCAUUCUCGUUGUACGAGGGGGUCGCUGGGACUUUGGCAGCAUGGGCGGAGGCAUAUGUUGUUCUUGAUGGACUUCUGGAUGGAAAGAAUUGGGAUGAAGGUGCCAUGAAGUGCUUGGGCUUUGUAGGGUUGGGUGGGAGGGGGCCGACGGGGCUUUUCUAGGUUGCUGGCUGCUGUCGAUAUCGUCA